UGACAGUUCUUUGAAUUUGUCACUAUUACCUGUCUAGUUCUGGUGUGGCUUCCCUGAUGUGCAGAGCUCAGAAUUCUCUGUACCAGCUAUGUAAUGGAGCGGCGUGUAUCUAUACUGCACAAGGAAGUGUCACUGUAUGACCCCCAGCAGUGUGUAUCUAUAAUACCUUAUACAGGGCAAAGACUACUGUGCUUUACAGAUAAACAGGUUUGGGCAGCAGCCUGGGGCCCCACAGAACCAGUCCGUUUGUUUACUCUCAUUAUGGGAGGUAUAGAUUCCUGGGGUAGAAAUGACAGAGAGUCAGAGAAGAAAAUAAAUUCAGACAGUGUGUGUGACUUACCCUUUAGUCAGUAAGCUGUGUGUGUAACUAUAAAGUGAAAGUGAAACUAAUGGUGCAUAACUGAGCCAUAUUGUGAAAGCCACAUAGGGUGUAGCACAGGCUGAGAGCAGGGAGAGCUGCAGCCGGAUGGGAUUCUGGUCAUCAAAUACCGUCGGGUAAAAUGAGGAAUCAAUUUUUAUAAAACCGAGCUGCUUUCUGACUGUGCCGGGAGUGUUUAUCUGAACAGCACAAUGGAAGUGGGUGGGGGACCGUCUUCUGCUAACCAGGCAGAACCCACACAAGUAUCUGUAUGUUUUAUAGAUGAGAAACUGUCACCGGAAGAGACUUUCCAGAAUCUUCUGAAGGAAAUCUGGCAGAAUGUCUCACAGGGGUACAACUCUUGUAUUGUUGCCUUUGGACAAACAGGAUCAGGGAAACCUUUCUCAUUGCUGGAGAUCCAAGAACAGCCAAGUCUGCUCUCAUUCUUCUGCUCUGGUUUGUUUAGCGGGGAGCACUGUGGAUUAAAGGUCUUAAGGGUUAGUGUCUCUUUUGUGGAACUAUAUAAUGGAGAAAUUAGGGAUCUUUUAGCACCCAAUGGGCUGCAGAGAUCAGUUAAGAUGUGUACAUAUGAUCCAUCAGGACCUUAUGCUAAGGGAUUGUCCCACCAUAGUGUCGGUAUAUAUGAGGAUAUUAAGCAAAUGCUAACAGCAGGAAAUAAAGUUAGGACUGGGACUACCAGUGCCAACCCUACUAUAGAUGGGCAAGCCAGCCAGCCAUGGGCUGUAUUUACACUAACAAUAACUUAUACUAAUGGGUCAAGUGCUUCUAGUGAGCUUUGCAGCAAGAUCAGCUUUGUGGAUCUAGAAGGUUGUGAGAGAACAUCUGUGGCUGGACAUGGGCAUUCAAGCAUAGAAGACCCAAAAAUGGACAUAAAUCCAUCAAAACCACCAAGGGCAAUAACAUAUAAUUGUGUGGAUCGGAGAGACACUUUGCUUUCUUGGCUUCUCAACCAGUUCCUGGGAGGAAACACAAAAACAACAAUAGUAGCCAUGACUGACCCACGUGCAGAUAAGUACCAGGACACUCUCACUAGUCUGUCUGCUGCCCUGGGGGCCAGGUGUAUAGUUACCCAGGCACUGAAGCCUGAAGAUUCUGGACACACAGAUACAGUUGGGCAACAGGAAGAAUUAAGGAAACAGACAGAGAGUUUAAGUUUAGCUGAAGACAACAAGGAACUGACGUCAAGCAAAACUUCUGAACCAGAGGAAUCUAGGGACCCUGCGACUGGUGCUUCUCUAAUCCCUAACCAGUCAUUGACCGCAUUGGAUAUACAUAGAGGGACUAAUGGAAACCCAGAGUUUGGCAAUAACACAGGUGAAGCUUUGAUGGGCCCGACCCCAGGAUGCAGUGUGACAGUAAUGUUCUGGGAUACACUCCCUGAUCCGAAGUUUCUGGAAGCAAAGGUUAAGGAACGCUGGUCAUUCCCAAUCAAGGAUGCGUCGUACAUUCUACUUUGUCACACCACUGAGGAUGAAUGGAAAUGCGCAGCAAGGAAAGCCCCUUAUAUCAUACUCUAUCAUUCUAUGGAAUCAGAAGAAUACAUAGAAGAGGGGGAAUCCUACCUGAAAUUCUGUAUGGAAAUCCACAGCCCCUCCAAUAUAAUGGUGAUUGUAACAGAGCUGGAAGACUCGCUGUAUGCAGAACAGAUGAAACGUAACUGGGAUCAGAGCCCAUAUAAAGCCUGCAGCCUGCUGCUCUGCACAAAGCAAGAAGGAAAUAUGUUACCAAGUAUAAAUAAAGGUAUUAAAACAAAAGAAAAAGCUACAGAACUGGAACUACUUACAGAACCCCAGAGAAUCGGAAUCUUCUCCAGAUCGGCAGAGAGUGAUUACCAGUGGCUGCUAAAGCUCCUUAAAUCAGAAUUCAGGGCUCCGGUUCAUGAAGUUCGACCCUGUAACAUCUCUAACAAUGAACACAAAGAGUUCUGGGAGGAAGUGUCUCAGUGCACAUUCGGGAUCCUGUAUCACUGCAUGAAUAGAGGGAGGGAAAAAAUCACUUAUGAUCCCAAUGAUGACCUGAAACUUAUGUCUAAAGUACUGGGGAAGGAGAAUGUGAUUGUGGUUGCUGAUGGUAUAGAGGGCCCCACAGAGCACAAUAUUGGGGAAUACGCCUGUGACCUGGUGCUCCUCACACAAGCAGAUAAGGGAGACCAAGGCCGGCUGAGGGAGAAGCUGGGGAACAUCAAACAGAGAAUAAAGACAGCAACAAAACGCAAAAUAAUGAGUGAUGACAAAAAAGAGGAGAAAAAGAAAAAGUAUUCCGAUCCUGCACAUGAGCAAGAUCUUGGGGAAAUGAAAUUAGACAACAAAAAAGAUGGCAGAAAAAAGUUUAUCAGGAAGCGCCAUAAAAUUGGAAUUUUCUCCAGAUCGGCAGAAAGUGAUUACGAUUGGUUACAAAGGUCCCUCAAAACAGAAUUCAGUGAUUUGGUGGCAAAAGUCAGACCCUAUUACAUCUCUAACAACGGACGGCGGCAGUUCUGGGAUAAUGUCUCUCAAUGCACAUUCGGGAUCCUGUAUCACACUAUGAGGAGAGGGAGGCUGAAUAUCACCGAUGUGACUGACUCUCUGUAUGAUGAAGAACUGAAAUAUAUGGCUGAUGUGCUAGGGAAGAAGAAUGUGAUUGUGGUUGCUGAUGACCUGGGGGACAGUAGCACGGUACAGAAAGACAGAAUCCUAGUACAACAGCGCAGUAUUGGGGAAUACGCCUGCGAUCUGGUGCUACUCACACAAGCAGAUAAGGGAGACAAUGUCCGACUGGAGGGAAAGCUGGGGAGCAUUAGAUCUGCUCUUCAAGUCACAAGUCCUUAUGUGCAGCCAACUAAGAGAGAGGAUGAAGAUAAUCAUGUUAAAAGUACUGGAAAUGCAACACUAUAUUUGGAAAAUCUUCUUGAGCGGGCAAAAUCAAUUGACUUUGGCACUGUUGUUGGCCAAAUAGUUCAGAAAACUGGUAUUAAAACAAAAGAAGAAGCUGCAGAACCGGAACUGCUUACAGAACCCCAGAGAAUCGGAAUCUUCUCCAGAUCGGCAGAGAGUGAUUACCAGUGGCUGCUAAAUCUCCUUAAAUCAGAAUUCAGGGCUCCGGUUUAUGAAGUUCGACCCUGUAACAUCUCUAACAUUGAGCACAAAGAGUUCUUGAAGUUUCAGUGCACAUUCGGGAUCCUGUAUCACAUGAAUAGAGGGAGGGAAAACAUCACUUACAAUCCCAAUGAUGACCUAAAACUUAUGUCUGGAGUACUGGGGAGGGAGAAUGUGAUUGUGGUUGCUGAUGGUAUAGAGGGCCCCACAGAGCACAAUAUUGGGGAAUACGCCUGUGACCAGGUGUUCCUCACACAAGCAGAUAAGAAAGACCAAGGCCGGCUGAGGGAGAAGCUGGGGAGCAUCAAACAAAGAAUAAACACAGCAACAAAACUCAAAAUCAACAGCAAUUACAACAUAAAGGAGAGAAAAACAAAUUUCCCAGAGCCUGGAUAUCAGCAAGGCGCAAAUGUGAAUAACAGAGAACUAGCUCCCUGUAUGGCUGAACAACACAGAAGAAAUGAGAAAGCUGCUGGGAGUGGGACACAGGGUCAGAGGCGACUUAGUGUACAACAGCAAACAUCUCACAAGCAAGAUGGCAACCAGAGAAAAAGUUCCUGGACAGCAAAACUAUGGAACAGUUGGGGCAGCUUUAGCAGUGAAAUAGUGCAACCAACUAAAGAGAAGCAGAAGGUCGGGAUAUUCUCCAGAUCAGCAGAAGAUGAUUACCGGUGGCUGCGCAGGUUCCUUAUAUCAGAGUUUAGCGGCCAUGUUGAGGAGGUCAGACCCUGUCACAUCUCUAACAGUGGGAGGAGUCAGUUCUGGGAGGAGGUGUCUCGCUGCUCGGUCGGGAUUCUGUAUCACACCAAGAACAGAGGGAGGAUUAACGUCACUGAUGUGCCGGGCUCUCUGUAUGAUGAGGAGCUGCAGUAUUUAGCCAAUCAGCUGGGGAAGGACAGAGUCCUGGUGGUGGUGGAUGACCUGGAAGACAGUGGCCCUGAGGAGAAGCAAAGGAUUCUGGGGAGCCAAGGAAGCAUUGGGAAAUGGGCCAGUGACCUCAUUCUCAUCAGCACCAAUGAGAAGAAACAUAUUAACUCCACAAACUCAAUGUUUAAACUGCGCAAUAAGUUUAAUAGAAUAACACAGAUUUAAUUUGUUGCAACUUAUUCCUCCCAGUGUUCUAAAAGCAGGACAUUUAAGGCCACACCCCCACUCUAUUGAAUCCAUAGCCAGUUUGUAAAAUGGCCUCCCUUUUCAUCCCCCACACCUCACUCACUUUUCACCUACAUAUAUGUCCUGGGCAAAUAAAAAUAAUGGCUGUGAAAUA